AUGUUGGCCUUUGCUAAACUUUGGACAGACCAAGUCGCUUGCCGGACUACACGCCGAGCGGCGGAGAAACGGCAGCGUGUGCUCCUAUCGUCAAAAUAUGACGAGGCGGUUCUGGAAACAGGCCGUCAGAUUGGCGACAUCAAAGAGAUGUUGCAAACCUUCAUGUCGACCAAGGACACUGCACCGCGGUCGCCGGGGAUUUCAGAUCAUGCACAGCAUACACCGCGGUCAAUGAUUGACGAGCAGGUACCCAGUCUGUCAAGUGUGCAUGAGGGAUACAAUGGUGAUCCAUCGUUCCAGUCGCACGCUCGCCGGGUUGAGAACACCCUGGAGGCCACAUUUUCAAUUUCGCAGCUCAUUCACGUGCAACCUCCCGGCGCAACACUACAAGUCCCACCGCAGGAGACUAACGAGCCACUUCGCAACGUAGGUACGGCUAACAUUUCUGCCUCGGGUAGGACUGCCAGCCCCGGGUUCGCCGCCCAAUCGUUCGAGCUAGAGCCUGCCGAUAUGCCACUGCCACCGCUAGAUAUCGUUCUCAAGCUUCUUCGCCUGGCCAAGAUUGAGAAGCAACGGUUCUUCGUCGAUAUCCCGACAUUUCAGGAAGACGAGUUCGUUGAUAUGUGUAGGGCUGUCUAUUUUGCAACGGAACCAGUGUCGCUUUGGACAUGGAUAGACGUAAACAUCGGGCUUUAUUACCUCUUCCUGGGAGUCAACGAAGCCUGUUGUAUUCGCAUGGAUACGACCACCGAGGCGAUGUGCUCGCACGGCAAAGUACUGAAAACGAAUGCUGAAGCGGCAAUGCAGAGUCUCCGCCUCUGUUCAGAACCUUCGGUAGAAUCCUGCCGCGCUCUGUCGCUUCUUAAGGGAGUCUUCUACAUCAAGGAAGGGCACAAUACGAUAGCCUGGAGAUUGAUAAGCGCCGCCGCAAGAGCGUGUCUGGAUCUGGGCUUCCAUCGAUUGCUAAGCCAUAGAAAUAGCCAAGAAGAUGCUCAGAAACGCCGCGUCUUCUGGCAUAUCUACUCGUGGGAGAAGGGACUAGCUAUGACGUGUGGCCGAACGCCUGUGAUACAUCAUUACGACGUAUCGACGGUCUACCCGGCCGCCCCAGAAGGGUUUCGUAAAGACCCUAUCAACAGUGUUCUUAGCAAACUGUAUAAAGCUUUUCUUGACUUCGCUGUCGUCACUGGAGAAAUCCAGCGGAAGCUCUUUUCGGCCUCAACGCAACAUGCGUCGCAGCAGGAAGUCGAAAAGCAUGUGGGGGAACUCGCAGCCCGGUUGUUGGGCCUCCACGAGACAGUAGCAUCUGCAAAAUCCGACGAUCCUACUUGGGACGAGAUGUACCAAGCUAUCGCGAUCUUGCUGGACAUCGAGAUAUAUUCCCUGCUCACGAGUGUGUAUCGGAUGCUGCCGCCGACUUCAAUGUCGCCUCACCCACUGCAAUGCUCCGAUGAAUGUGUAGACACGGCUCGCGUGGCACUGACGAAACUUGUGAACGCUGGCGAGAAGAUGCUGGAAUCAUGUCCCGCGGGCUGGGGUAAUAUGCUGAACUUGAUCCUGUCCAUGGCACCAUUUGUGUCAUACCUCGUCCUCGCCGGCAAUGCCAUCGCCACAUCGUCCGGUACCGACUUGCCGCUCCUGUCUUCGGCAGUCUCGGUGCUGGCGCCAAGCGCGGCGAGCUCCCAUAUGAUUCGCAAAAUGCACGAUGCUUGCGAGAGAUUCGGUCGAAUUGUGCCCCUCAUAGUCUCGAGCGUGAGCGGCGGCUCGUCAAGCCAAAAUGGACUUCAAACGCAAGCACCCCAUGGUGGUUUCCCUCUCGAUCAGAUGACCGUCGGACCAGAUACAUCCAAUGAUAUGCCGAUGAACUCGCUCGACUAUGGCUUCCCGAUGGCACAGGAAGACUGGGACAACGUCAUGAUGGGGUUCGAGUCCGAGCUUGGCAACUACGAUCCUAGGGCGCUGACGGACAUCAUGGAGCCUUACAUCGCCAACGCAGGCUGGUGA